AUGGUGACCGUUCCAAAGGAGACUGUUAUGGCGAUUGAGGCCUACCGUAGUCAGGCUAAGGUGCUGGUUAAGAGUUACUUAUUUGCAGAUCCUUUUGUUCCAUACACCUCUGUCCUUGGGGGAGUAAUUGCUUGCAAAGUGGUCUAUGAUCUAACUCAGUUGAUUAGCACGUUUUACAUCAAGGCGUACACUGGGCUUACGAAAAUACAAAGAAUUGAAUGGAACAAUCGGGGGAUGUCUUCAUUGCACGCAAUCUUUAUAACAGCUUUGUCGUUAUACUUUGUAUUCUGGUCUGAUCUUUUUUCAGACAAAGUGCAUACUGGUUAUGUCACUCUACGAAGCUCACCUUUAUCCAUAUUUGGACUGGCAGUUUCUGUUGGAUACUUCCUUGCAGAUCUGGGGAUGAUUAUUUGGCUUUAUCCUUCUUUAGGUGGAAUGGAAUAUGUUGUUCAUCACUGUCUUUCUGCAAUAGCGGUUGCAUAUUCUAUGUUAUCCGGAGAAGGGCAGCUGUAUACAUAUAUGUGCCUCAUCUCUGAAGUGACCACACCAGAAAUAAACAUGAGAUGGUAUCUGGACAUAUCAGGUAUGAAGCGGUCAACUGCUUAUCUUGUAAAUGGUGUUCUGAUCUUCCUCUUUUGGUUGAUUGCCAGAGUGCUGCUCUUCUUUUACAUCUUCUACCACAUCAACAUGCACUUCGAUCAGGUUCUCCAGAUGAGAUGGUUUGGAUGCCUGGUGGUUGUGAUGGUGCCAUCAACAUUGUUUAUAAUGAACUUGAUGUGGUUUUCCAAGAUCAUCAAGGGCUUGAUGAAAACUGUAGCCAAGAGGCAGUGA